UUUAUCGAGUACAUCAAAACAACGUGACCACCGCAGAGCCGAACGGCGGACGGGUGCCCUCGGCCUCGGGUUCAGUAUUUAUUCGUUAGUUGUUCUGUUGUACGCAUAUCAACGAAAAUUCAAGAUAAAACAGCUUUCGGGCAAGUAGGCGAUGGAGUUUGACUUUGAGUUGGCAAUAUGAAGCAGUUUGUGGACCCUGUUUGCGCUAUCACCGUUGAAUUCGGAUGGAAUUGCCUCCAAAUCCGGCUAGGCUGGCUCCAGACAAGGCUGGAGCGAUUGGAUUGAAUCGUGCCUAUGUACACGCGAGUGGUAAAUUCCUCUUCCUGGGCAAAAAAAAUCUGUAUCAACCCAGAACCCGGAGUGGCCCAAAGUGUCGUGAACGUGAGCCGCCUGUUUCUUCAGUAAACAGGGACGGUGAGUUGUAAUGUGCUGGCCGUGUGUGGAGAACUCUCCAGAUUCGUGUGCAGUCCAAAAGAGAUAAAGGACCCAUAAGUGUCGUGAACUAGUGCUGUGACAUCAUCUCAACCUUUGAACGGCGAAAUUCAGUUCUCCUCAGUUCUACAAGUGUCGUGGUUCGGAAAGACUCGGCGAGUACCCCCUUAUGUGUAGUAUUUUUCAUGCAAGUGUUUUCCAGAAGGGGCGUGCAUCUCUUGAGAUCAUUCCUGUAGUGUGCUAUAAAGAGACAAUUUGCUUUUUAGGUGUGUGAAUAUAACCUACUUCAGUGGUCGUGCUUUGAAUUUGGAGAAAAAACUUGAAACAACGCACUGUCAAAAUUGUUUGAACAGCUUGUGUACGGGUAACAGCAUAGUGUGAGAGGUACCUGUACAUGUAUUUAACCACGCUUAUCCAGGUUUUUUUGGUUCUAAAAUGUGAAAUGGAUGUGAACUCCCCCCUGUCACAUCAACACGUCCCAGCCAGAAAGUGAUUGAGUUUGGAUAGGUAGAACCGGAUUGUUAAAUACCAACAGUUGUCCAUGAACCGGUACAUGUGCCGUAGGGUCAUCCAACGGGCUUUGCAGCGAGCAAUCAACAGUGGUUCUGGGAUACCCGAGACAACAGACAGAUGAUGUCGUGACCUGAGCGAGUGCAACGUGUGUGCUUCAACUGCGUGCCUAAAGAAAAAAAAAACCCACAAUGGAAUCCACCAAGAUGCCUUCCUGCACUGAAUCUGAGAGACCGGUGAAAAGAGCCAGGAUAGAGAGCGAGGGAGCAAACGAGAACCACACACAAUCCUCAUCAAGGUCUAUGGAAAUUCAGCAGUUGGCGAGCCCGCACAGCCAGGUAUCCAGCGCUAACGGCAACUCACCACAGCAUGACAACUCCACUGACAGCAACUGCUCUGUAACAACCAAUGGAACAGAAGGUAACCAUGUCUCUAUGGCAACAACAGCAGAAACUAGUGUGUUGACAAGUACAGAGAGUUGGAAUUCAGUUCACUCAGCAGCCUCAAUCAAGUCCGAACCGCUCAGUAAUAGUGACCCGUCCACGCCAACCGUGAUACAGGAUGGUGGCUAUGGCGUAAACGCCCCACUCGAUGAGCUAGCAGGGUCAAAUUCAGGGGUCGGGGGUCAGAGUUCACUGGAUAUGAAUCUUCGGCAGCCGAAGUCAGAGUUUCCGUCGCAGUAUUACCCAAGCCAAGCCUACCCGCAUAUACUGCCCACGCCAUCGGCCCAGGGCAGCAACUACCAGGCCUCUCAGCAGUCCACCUUCGGUGUACAGAACUCUAGCUAUCCAUACGCUGGCCAGUCCAGUCAAACGCCGUAUGGUCUAGCCCAGGCUAUGUCUUACGGUUCGAAAACGUUAAAAGCAGACCCGGCACAAAUGCAAGGUCAAGGGUCGUAUCUAAGCACGUAUGGGUCAGCAGGGUUCACAGGGUCAUCUAGUCAGGCUGCUCAAAGCCCCUACUAUCAAAUGCAAGGAGGUAGUUUCACUGGAAGUAGUUACCCCUAUCCCACAUGCAGCAGCAGCACGUCCACAACUAACUCACAGGGUUUCAACAGCUCACCACAGGGAGAGUAUGGCUCCUAUGGUACAUAUGGUCAGAGUGGUUUCAACCAGUACUACCCGGCACCAGGCUACGGCAGUCCGUACAUGGCAAAUAGCGCGCUGGGUCCCACACCUUCAUCCGUUCCCACGACGACGACGACAUAUCAGCUAGCACCAUUACCGUCUGAAAAAUUUGUCGAAUCUCCUGUUCUUCUGGAAGGCCAAGUGGCCCCACAAGACGCGCCCAGUAGUGCUAACGAAGUUGAAAGUUCUUUCACCACGGACUCGUCCAUCAAGUUGGAUGACGCCAAUGGCAGGGGAAGACAGGGUAGUAAAGGAAGUAGCGCAAGGAAUCGUGGGACUGGGAGGGGGAGGAGGAACAACCCUUCCCCGCCUCCGGAGGACGGUCUUGAGCGAGUCUUUGUCUGGGAUUUGGAUGAGACGAUUAUCGUGUUUCAUUCCCUGCUCACAGGGUCCUACGCUACCCGCUUUGGCAAGGAUGCCCCUGCUUCAGUAUCGUUAGGUCUUCGGAUGGAAGAAAUGAUCUUCAACCUGGCCGACACACAUCUCUUCUUCAAUGAUCUGGAGGAGUGCGAUCAAGUCCACAUAGAUGAUGUGGCAUCAGACGACAAUGGCCAAGACCUCAGUAACUACAACUUCCAAACGGACGGGUUCCAUGCGGCAGCGACAAGCGCCAACCUGUGUCUCGCCACGGGGGUGCGCGGCGGGGUGGACUGGAUGCGCAAACUGGCCUACCGGUAUCGCAGAAUAAAGGAGAUCUACAGCGCCUACAAGAACAAUGUUGGAGACUUGGUGUCCCUUUUGCCAGCAGGUUUGCUGGGCCCGCAAAAACGGGAGCAGUGGCUGCAGCUGAGAGCGGAGAUCGAAGCCAUGACCGACUCAUGGCUGACCAUCGCGCUCAAGUCACUCUCCAUCAUCAAUUCAAGAUCAAAUUGUGUUAACGUGUUAGUCACAACCACCCAGCUUGUACCAGCUGUAGCGAAGGUUCUUCUCUACGGUCUUGGUGGUGUUUUCAACAUAGAGAAUGUCUACAGUGCCACACGGGUUGGAAAAGAGAGCUGCUUUGAGCGCAUUGUGGCGCGCUUCGGUCGCAAAAUCACUUACGUUGCAAUCGGUGAUGCCAAAGACGAGGAACAGGCUGCUAAGCAGAUGGAUUUCCCAUUCUGGCGAGUUUCCGCCACUCCGACCUUGCGGCGUUACACCACGCGCUCGAUCUCGGCUACCUCUGAGAAGACUUCAUCUGAAGACUUUUUAAAACCCACUACACGUGCCAUCCAUCUCAAAACGGAACAUGGUGCUAGAACAAUAACUGUGGCACUUGACAAGAACCUCAGUAACUCCAAAAUUUAAGAAGAAAAAUAACAGUGUGAUGUAUCCACGUAUCAGUGCGUUGUCUUAAAAAAGCGCACUUCUAAAACUCAUUGAAAAAAGAAGAGUUACAACCUGUGGAACGGUACUGCAUUUCAAAGUGCUGGGGAUCUCAGCGGCACUUGGUAUCAUCCAGUGCAACUCCCUCAUGGUUCUAGAACUGGCGGACAGUUCGUCGUUCCUGAGUCGUUCUAGGUGUGAGAUAUGGUGUACAGAAUUUGAUGUCAACCGACUUCUCCAUGAGUCGCAGAGUUUUGAGUUUUCGUCUUUUUGAGUGUGUCCACUGUGUUGAAAAAAAUGUGCUCAAGAAAUUUUCUUUGUUGUAUCGAUCUUGUCUUCAUUUCGUGAGAUGACCUCUUCUUCGCCAAGGGCAGAGCUUGAUAAGUUGCCAACCAAUGCCAGUAGUCAUCGAUCCUACAUGCUACCUACAGUCAAUAUUGCCAAGAUCAACGGUUUCAGGAAAAAAACCCAAACGUCCCAGUAUCAGUCACCAACCUUUGGGAAUCAGUGCCACGAUUGGAUUUGAGCCCCAAAUGCUACAAGUCACUGCAACCACCAUCUUUGCCACAACACCAGUGUCACUCAGCAAGGGCCAGAGUUUGAAAACAGUGGACUGUACAUCUUUUUUAAAAAAUUAAAAAGAAAAAAAGCUGCGUUUAUCUCUCACUGAAUCUCUGCAGAAAUUGACAGUCAACAGUUUUAUGAGCUGAUUUAUUGGUCAUCCUGAGCGUCUGUGAGCCAACUCUUCACCAGGAAUGGAAUCUUGGUCCCUUUCCUUAGCUUCAUUUGUCCACCUUGUAUCUCCUGCAUGACUAGCAUAUUGGAACAGGAACUGAGGCACCUCGGACAGCCUUCGAACCUGAGACCUCCAAUUUGCUAUUGGCUUCUCUGGGUGUUUCCAACUCAUCUGUGCUUUACCUCCACACAUCAGCGUCACAUCUCCAAAAGUGACGUGGAAACUUGCUCCAAACUUGAUCCCAUUAAACGGUACUUUCCUCAGUAAACGACAAGACUUAUACACUACACUCUGGCUGGUUUGUAAGCAUAUCAAUCCAAUCUGAGGUCUGGGCAAUUUCACAAAGUUUAGUACUUGUUAUCGCUCCCUUCCACAUCAUCACUCCCAGCAUCUGCUCACUAUGAAUAAAUUGGACUUGCUGUGCCAAAAAAAAUGGAAGGAGAAAGUGACAUGGAUGGCCAGAAACCCACGGUGUAAACUUUCAUUGAGUAUACGGCAGAGCUCAAUAUCUCAUUCUGUUUCAGAGAUAUGAGAUAUUUUCAAAUUAAGUUUCGUCACCAUUGAGACCACAGGUUUGAAAAAGUUGAGUCUAAUACAGACUUAUGCUUGGAGGACAACCUCCCCUUAAUGUUUCCUAGCAACCAACAUGUUUUGUUCAAGCUUAAAACCUGAUAUUUCAGUGAUCAAAGAUUUCUGACCCAAAAAAAAACAGAAAUAAAACUUGAAGUUCACCCUCUCAACUCUAGGCGGAGCAUUGCAGAGAAAAGCACAGUGCAUCUUUUAAUCACCUUUUCUUGGAGUGGGUCACAGAUAUAAAGAGUUUGCCAAGUAUUAAGCUAGAAUUCAUCAAGGAUUGGACAUCGAAUAUUUAUGUUCUUUAAAUGUUAAUAAGCAAACACCAAAGACAGUUGCUUUUCGUUUUCUUAUGUCAUAUGCGUACAUGUUUGAAUGUAAAGCCCUAUACUAAUUUAGAAAACACACCAUGGAAUCCUUUUUUUAUCACUGUCAUAAGCACCCCAGUCAUGUUGGCAAUAACCUACGUUGGAACAAUUUCGGUGCUGUAUUUCAUCUGGAUAGCAACUUUUCUUUUUUUUAAGGAUUAUUACGUAACUGCGAUUUCAUAUUUAUUUUGAUUUGUGCAUGAUUUUCAACCUCUCCACGUUGUACAUAAAUGCACUCUUGCAUGCAGUUUAUACAUUGUUUUUUGAGGGGGUGCAAAUCUGUACCAUACUCUUUAUUUGAAAGAAUUUUCAGUUUUUACCUAGCCCAGAUGUUAAAUAAAAGUCUCCCUGAAAACCGUAGUCUUUUAAAUUUAUACAGGAGAGAGGAAUGUAUGAACAAAUAAUGUCCUGAAGUAUGAUAAACUAAUUCAGACUUGUGAAUAAGAAAUAAAGACUCAAAUUUUUGUCUCUUUUCCUAAGACAUUUGCAAAAUGGUCAAGCCAGAGUAUUGACAAGAUUGGAAACUUUAAUUAGUCCUGUGAGGUAUAUAAAUGAAAAUGAAUAUUUUGGGGACAGGUUCGGUAUUUAUUGUCUAACAGUGUUUUUUUUCCCCUGUUACAUAUUUUCUGCAUUUAUUAUAGACUAGUUCAUUCUGGCCACUUUUGGCAGAUAGUUUUGUUUUCAGUGGUAUUUUAUUUCUACAUUGGUCCGAGAACAAAAAAGAGAGGCUGGUCCUCAAUUGAAUUGAUUGGUAAAUGUCAUUUACUACCUCACAAAGGAACUGUUCUGAUUGGUUGUUGCUGUUCAUAUGUAAAUGAGGACCAUAAAAGAAUCACUGUGAUUGGCAUAUAUCAACUACCAAUUCUUCUCAUGGUGAAAUAAUGAACCAGUUUUAAUCCAUCACUAAUUGCAAUGUCAGGCACUCUAAUUUCUACGAUGUAAAAUAUAUCCAACCUUUACCAAGUUCAUUAAAUCCACAAGGUAUCUUAUUCUCUAUAUUUUUUUUAAUUCUAGUAUGACUCAUUUAUUGUAAGGAACACCAUAAUCUCCUCGACUUCUUGUUUUAAAGUUUGAAUGAUUGAAAAUGACAACUUGAAUGAAUGUGUAACUGCGACGUUCCUUGAAAUGGUAUACUUUAAGGAGUUUGUAGAAACGUGAGAGGAACGACAUCAGUCAUUCAGAAAUCCAGAAAUUUGCGGAAAGUGUCACUUUGUAAUGACAUAGCUCUGCUGCUCUGCAGUGCUGUGGUCUGGAUAUUGGAUAGUGCUGUAUUGCUGCAAACGGCAGAAUAGCUGGCAAAUUAUCUAGUGUUACCCUCAGCAGGUAGUUCAACCCAAGCAAAGUCUCUGGUUCCUGGUGAGGGAAUUCGGAUCAUUAGUUCUCUGAAACUGUUUGGAAAGUUGUAUUGAAGCAAAAUGGCUGAUUUUUAGAGAGUAUUUAUGUUAUUAGCGCAUGUAAAAUAAUUUUGUUAUUUAUUCGGUCCAAUUUUAUUUACUUUCUGUGUCGGAAAAAUUUCCAGGUUUUUGCUUUAUGUAAGUUUUUUUUUCACCAUGUGACUAUCCAAGGAGAAACAAAUCCAUUGUCAUCAUCAUCAAUAGACACAGGCAUUAUUUGCAGUUUGUAAUCAGUAGGGAUCAUGGUAGUUGCUGCCAGCACAGCUUUCACUGCUUUCACUGGUAUCACACCCCGACCAUCUUCACAUUCUGUCCACCCAGCCCAUCUUUGGUCAGAAUGCACCAAACCCUCCAGACACCCAUGUUUUUAUGUCUCUUUAAGUAACGUCAGCUUGCCUCAUGAGCUGAGAAAACAAGUCCAGGGUUUGGGAUGUCUUUCCUUACAGACUGGAGUGGACAUUAUCUGGAUUAGCCAAGCUAGUUACAGGACCAUCUGCAGUUUAGCGUGUGGGCUGUUUGGUCAACCAAGGUUCUGUUCAGUUAUCUUCAAAGGCAAACUGGAUUGAUAAACAUCUGGGUUAGUUAAGCCAGUUACAGGAGGAUCUGGUGUUUAACCUUUUACCUUUUGGGUCAACCAAAGCUUUUAUCUUUUCAGUCAGG